AUGGCGAAACAUAACAGAAGCAAUGAAGAGCCCAACACAGCUCCAGAGCCAGAUCGCUGGUACAACAUAAAGUUAGGCUCUUCCUUUCAAGACCACCAUAACCUUUCCUCUUCAAAGUUCUAUGAAUUUAAACCAGCUUCCGUUGAUAAGAGUCAACCAGGAUCACUCCAUAAGAGCAAGGAUAACAGGGUGACUGUUGAAUAUCACAACAACCAACAGGGAAAACCCAAAGUAACCUUUGAGGGCGUGAGUGAGGAUUACAGGGAAAAUGAUGCUGUUUUGUUCUUUGAUGGCGAGACCUUCCACUUGGAGCAGUUGCAUCGUGCAGUGAAGCGGUUGAGACAUGUUCGGCUCCCUGGUGAAUCUGCUGCUGCAACUGCCACUGCAACAGCUGCAUUGGUUGCAGCAGCAGUUGAAACUCUUUCUCCACCUAUUGGUAAAGCAGCAAAUCUAGAGUCUCUGGACAAAGGAAUGGCUCAUCAAACACCAGUUCAGGUGGAACAAAUUGGCACUGAUGACUCAGAAAACUUAGAACUUGAAGAUGAUAAGAGCAUGGAGCAUCUAUUAUUUCCUCCUAACCCAUCCACCUCGUCACCAGACCCUAAGAAUGAAUCCGAGGAACAGGUCGACAUAGUCAAUGAUGAUGAUGGCUGUGAAACUGUUGACAAGGGCAAUGCUUCUGAGAAGGGAUUGUCACGUACUGGUCUUAACAUUGAUAUUAACUUGCCGCAUCAAGCUGCAACAGAUGAUGAGAUUGCUGAUGUAGAUAUUAGUGAUGAUGACAUUGACAAAGGCCCUAAUGCUGCAGAAGCCCUUAAAGCCCUGAAUGCAGUUGACAAAGUCCCCAAUGCUGCAGAAGCCCUUAAAGCCCUGAAUGCAGAAGGAAUGAAAGGACAAAAUUCAAGCUCAAGCAGUAGCAGUGGGAGUCAGAGUAGUGGAAGUGAGAGUGGGAGCAGGAGUGGAAGUAGUAGCAGUGAUAGUGAAAGCAGUGGUGAUGACUCGGUCUUCUCUAUCUGA